AUGGCACAGUACCCAAACGACGACGGGAGGCAGCGGCUCAUCCCCGAGCAUUACACGCCGGGGUACGCAAGGUAUGUUUUGCUCGCAUCCAGUCCCCAUUCAUUCGGGCAUCUGCUUAGGGCGCUGCUCAGAUUUCUCGAACUCCAAGCCAGCGGACGCCUCAACAUCAGAGUGCAGACCGUGCCAACGUUGGAAGAGCGCAUCCAGAGCCUGGCCCAAGAGCUGCAGGAUAUGAUCCUCGACUACACCCUGCUCAUCGAGCCCACCACCGUCAACAUCACCGACAGAUACCAGCCACCAUGGCAGCUGAGCGUCAAUCGCCGAACUCGUCCACUUGUCGCUGAGCACUACUACUCCACCAGCACUUUCAGCGACAUGACCAGAUUACACGAUCUUCAGCAAUGGCUAGACCGAAUCCCGGCGGAGUACGUUCAAAUGAUCGAGAAUGUCGAAUUCGGCGUGCGCAACAUGCACGACGCAAAGAAGUGGCUUAAGAUCUACACACGCUCGUUGGAGCAGCAUUGGGGAAUUGUUCUUGCCCCUGGCGUCUUGCGCGCUUGGUUCAAGAAGCAUAAGCGGAGCGGAUCGCCCAGUGAGUGGGUGUAUGUCAGCUGGAAGGACGCUGCAGCGCUGGAUGAUCGAGAGAUGCGUGCCGAGAGCUUUUACGCUCACUCGCGCCCGUGGGAGGGACGCGAGGUAACACUCUAG